UAUUAAGCUGAUAUGCCUGAACCAGCGAAGGCCGCGCCCAAGAAGGGCUCCAAGAAGGCGGUGACUAAAACCGCCGGUAAAGGAGGAAAGAAGCGCAAAAGGACCAGGAAGGAGAGUUACGCUAUCUACGUGUACAAAGUACUGAAGCAGGUCCAUCCUGACACUGGAAUCUCCUCUAAAGCGAUGGGAAUCAUGAACUCGUUCGUCAACGACAUCUUCGAGCGCAUCGCCGGUGAGGCGUCUCGUCUCGCUCACUACAACAAGCGCUCCACCAUCACAUCCAGAGAGAUCCAGACCGCCGUGCGUCUGCUGCUGCCCGGUGAACUGGCCAAACACGCCGUGUCUGAGGGCACAAAGGCCGUCACCAAGUACACCAGCUCAAAGUAAAGCGCAGAGUCAACUUCUGCAAUCCAAAGGCUCUUUUAAGAGCCGCCCAUGUUGUCUUUAAAUGAGCUUGAAUUUCUAUUUUAAUUAUACUUAAAAGCAGUGUUACUUGUUUACUCUAUAAAACACUCAUCAAAGCAUAAUAAAAGAAAAUGGCU